CAAGUGGCUGGGCGGCGGCACAGGUGCUCCGCGCUCGGUCGAGGGUGCCGCGCGCCCGCGCCGGCGGCGGUGGCGCUCGGUCUCAGUGUGCAGCAGAGCAAGCAGCCCAGCAGUUCGAUGCUUCAGUUUAAACCAGUGAUCCAAAUUGAAUUGAUUACUACUCAUGAAGAAUAAGGGGCAAUUGGAGGUCACACAUUAUCUAUUAGACAUCAUUUUGGGUAUGGACAAAAUUCCCUACAUACCAUUAAUUCGAUUAUUGUGUACAUUGAACUAGACAUGUUGCCUAUUUACUUGUGAGACAUGUUUCAAUUUACGUUGGCCCACUUUGUUCAGCCCCCACUAUUAUUUUUUCCUGGAUCUGCCCCUUCGUACAAAGACAAAGUGCACCUCUCUUUGGCUAAUCCCGGCGACUUGGUGUCAAUUACAAAUGGCGGCCAUCGCAGUGAGUGCUUCAGUAGGAGUGAUGAAGUUCCUACUCCCGAAACUCAUUGCCCUGCUGUGUGAAGAGUACAAACUGCAGAAAAGUGCGAAGGAUGACAUCAAAUAUCUCCAUGACGAGAUGAGCAGCAUGGAUACUCUGCUCAUCAUGCUGGCAAACAAGGAAGUGCUUGAUGCUGAAGAGAAGGCGUGGAGGAACAAGGUGCAAGAACUUGCUUACGACAUGGAGGAUUGCAUGGACCAAAUUAUGUUGAAGUGGCCAAAGAUCAAGCGCCGAGACAUUGCUAAACGUAUUAAGGAACUUAAGGUUCAUGUUCAAGAUGCGAUGGAGCGACGUGACAGGUAUAAGCUCAGCGAGCUUGUCACUAAUAAGGUUGUAUCCACUGAUGAUGUGGCCAGCAAUCCUCAGCAACUAGCACCAAAUGACGAGGAAGAUAGCCUUGUAGGCAUUCUCCGUCCAAAACAGAAGAUCACAAGCUUGCUAAUGGAUAAAGAGCAGAAACUCAAGGUGGUGUCCAUCGUGGGAUGUGCUGGUGUUGGCAAGACUACCCUUGCCAACCAAGUAUAUCUGGGAAUAAAAGGGGUAUUUAGUUGUUCAGCUUUUGUGUCCUUGCCUCAAAAUCCAAGCAUGAACAAGGUUUUCCAAUAUAUACUUUCAGAGGUAGGGUUCAAAACUCAAGAAUCUUUGGAUGAUGAGUAUGCUCUCAUCACCGAAAUUAAAAGAUGCCUCCAGGAACAGAGGUAUCUCAUUGUGAUCGAUAAUAUUUGGAGUGAAGCAGCAUGGAAUAGAAUCAGUUGUGCUUUUCCAAAUGGUAAUAACGGCAGUAGGAUAAUGAUAACUACAUGUAUUGAGGAUCUAGGCAGAGUAUGCUGUCAGAAUCUUUAUGGACAAAUUUAUAAGGUUGAACCACUCAAUGAUCUUGACUCAAGACUAUUGUUCUUCAGAAGAGCUUUCAAUAAUGAUGGUACUUGCCCCGAGCAUUUCAAAAAAGUAUCGGAGGAAAUUUUGAAGAAGUGUGUAGGGGUGCCGUUAGCAAUAAUUAGUAUUGCUAACUUAUUGGCUAGUCAAGAUCCUCAAGGAAACAUGAUGAUUGAGACAUGGGAGAGAACACUGAGCUCUCUAGGUUAUGAGUUGGAAACAACUCCUAAUCUACAAUGGAUGAGACAUGUUCUGAGCCUUAGCUACAACAAUCUUGGUCCAGAUCUUAAGACUUGUGUAUUAUAUCUUUGUACAUUUCCAGAAUAUUCAUCAAUUCACAAGGAUGAUCUGAUCAGACAAUGGAUAGCUGGAGGUCUAGUUACCGAGAAGUUUGGAUGUGCUCCGUAUGAAAUUGCAGAAAGAUACUUUAAUAAUCUGAUAAACAGAAGCCUAAUCCACCCUGAUGAUAUCGAUGAUUGCGGAAUGGUGAUAUCUUGUCGAGUGCAUGAUCUAAUGCUUGAUCUUAUCAUAUCAAAGUCCAUGGAAGAAAACUUCAUUGCUAUAUUAGAUGAUCAGAACACUAUGAGAGGAUCUUGUGAUGCACGUCGAUUUACCAUUCACUUCAACGAACAUUCUAAAAAUACAGAGAAAAACUUGGAGUUGAUGAGAUCAGUUUCCUUCAAAGCCCGAUCAAUUAGCUUUUGGGGUCCUAUUCAAUGCAUGCUUGACAUAUCGAAGUUUGAAUACUUGAGAAUCCUGCAGCUUGAAGACAAAUACUCAAACACUAGAACUGAUAGCUAUAAUUUAACUCAUAUAUGUGGGUUUUCCCAAUUAAGAUAUCUUAAGAUGAGAGGAAUCCCAUGCAAACUUCCGCAAAAGAUUGGAGGACUAAAAUAUCUGGAGACGUUAGAUAUGGACGAGAAUGCAAGAAAUUUUCCAUCAGAUGUUUGCAAGUUGAAAUUGAUGUCACAUCUUGCUUUUAAACAUGCAAAGAUUCCCAAUGGCAUAGACAAAAUGGUAGCCCUCAGAACUCUCAAGGUCUCAAAUAAUUAUGAUACGCCAAUAGAGUUGUAUGAGGCCCUUGGCUCUCUGAGAAAUCUAAGAGAGCUCGAGUUUGCUGUGACUUUUCACUUGUCAAGAGAUGAGGUUGUUUCACUGAUCUCAUCUCUCAAGAAACUUGAAAGGUACAGCCUCCAGUCCCUGAUUCUUAGCAACAAUGGUUACUCACAUGAUGUCGGUUACCUUCUGAGCCAUUGGUACCCUCCUCCAGACCAUCUUCGCAGACUUCAUUUUCAUGUGUUCGAAGUCUUCUCCUGUGUUCCGGAUUGGAUCGCCCCACUUAACAAGCUCAGAAGCCUGAUCAUGUGUGUUCAUGAGCUCUCAAGGGAUGGGUUUGAUAUUCUUGCAAGAUUGCCUUGUCUCCUCCUACUUAAAUUGAGUGUUCAGGUUGUCAAGGAGAAAGAUGCCCUCGUUUGCAGUGGGACAUUCCAAAAUCUCGAGGAAUUUUGGUUCAGACACAAGGUGCCAUGUUUGACAUUUGAGUCACACUCGAUGCCCAAACUGCGGGUUAUGGAUAUACAAUUCGAUGAAGACUGCCUGCAUGGAGUGGAUGACAAAAUAUUGGACGGCAUCGAUCACCUAACUAGCCUUAUGAGAUUCUCGGCCCAUAUAAGCCGACCCCUACCAAUGUCCAGGAGAUCGUUUUCUGGACGAAUAAGUCAAGUUGCAUUACUUAGUCCAUGUGAUGUUGAGGAAGAAUCACGAAAUAGCGAAGAAGAUGUUGAGGAAGAACAAGGGCAGAGCGACGAAGAAUCACGGAGUAGCGAAGGAGAUGUUGAGAAAGGCCAAGGGCAGGCCGACGAAGAAUCACGAAGUGUGGAAAAUGAGUAUGUUAGCGGAGGAGAUGUUCAGGAGGGCCAAGGACAGAUCGACAAGGAAUCACAGAGCGUUGAAAAUGAGUUUCAUUGUACCAAAAGGCAUGUUAAUGAGCGUCAAGAACAGAUCGAGGAAGAAGACGGAGAAGCACCGGGAAUGGAUAAUGGCUGCGUUCAAAACUACUCGUUCUGGGAGUUCUUACAGCGUUCCCCAAAAAAGCUAAAGGUUUGGAACUCAGACGAUGACUAUGUUACACAAGGACAUGCUGAGGUGGGCCAAGGACAGACCGAUGAAGAAGCACGAGGGCACAGGGAGUCAGCGGAAGCCAAGUUGAGGAGGGCAAUCAGCAAGCACCCUGGCAUUCCUAGCAUUAAUAUCGACCACGUCGACUGGCAACGAAAAUUUGGUUUUUAUAUAUAGAAAAUUCGAUCGUCCAAUGAUUGUUUGUCUUUUUACUACAGAUUUGAUGCAAGUGUGUACGACCCUAACGAUUACACACAUUUCUUUAUGUAUACUAUUUGGAUUGUUUUUAUAAGCUUUCACGUUA